GUCACUUCCCACAUGAAGAGGAAUUUACUACAUGAUCAGGUUCUACAACCCUGCAUGGACGGGUGAGGCCGCCACAAACGCGAAUUCCCGCCGCCAUCUUCCCGCACCGGAGGACGUGUUUGUGACAGAUUCCUCGUUCUGCUGGCGAGUUAAGCGGGAAGUCUCACAACCGCUCUGACAGCUUGGGUCUACACUCUGCCAUGAAUGAGGAGAGAGAGGAGGGAGGUCCCACCCCUAAAACCACUCUGUCUGGGGAACAUGACAGCCAGACCAAAGCUAAGAGGUUCCAUCAGGAGAGACCAGUCUCCCCUGUACCCAGCUGUAUGUCCAUGAAGAGUGACCGGUCUAUGGAGCCACCUAUUUAUUUCAAAGAUGGACACCACUCCCCUGAACAGAGAGGCCACCAGGAGACGCCAGAGGCUCCUAAUGUUCAGUUGUUCCAGGAGCAUCAAACACACCUGGACUCCAUAUUUACGCUGCUUGAGGAGAACAUCGUCGCUUUUGUGAAGAAGGAGCUGAAGAGGUUCCAAAUGAUUCUGAGUCCCAAUUACCCAGAGUGCUUAGAGAGCCGGAAGGAGGAGGAGGAACAGAGCAGGAGCACCGGAGAGGCACUUCUGAAGAUCAUACUGCACUUCCUGAGGAGUAUGAAACAGGAGGAGCUGGCUGGCUCUCUGGAGAGUAAAACUCUUGUUCCUGUGUGCCGGAGUAAACUCAAAUCAGCGCUGGAGGAAAAGUUCCAGUGUUUGUUUGAGGGCGUCGCGAAACCAGGGGCGUCAACACUUCUGAAUCAGAUCUACACAGAGCUCUUCAUCACAGAGGGAGGGAGUCGAGAGGUCAAUAAUGAACAUGAGGUCAGACAGAUUGAAAUAGCAUCCAGGAAACAAGUGAGACCAGAAACACUGAUCAAAUGUGAAGACAUCUUUCAAUCCUUACCUGGACAAGAUAAGCCAAUCAGAACAGUGAUGACAAAGGGAGUGGCUGGCAUCGGUAAAACAGUCUUAACACAGAAGUUCACUCUGGACUGGGCUGAAGGCAAAGCUAACGAUAAUAUACACUUAAUAUUUCCAUUCACUUUCAGAGAGCUGAACACGCUGAAAGAGAAAAAGUUCAGUUUGGUAGAGCUUCUUUAUCACUUCUUUGUUGAAACCAAAGAAGCAGGAAUCUGUAGCUUUGAGAAGAUCCAAGUUGUGUUCAUCUUUGAUGGUCUGGAUGAGUGUCGUCUCCCUCUGGACUUCAGGAACAAUGAGACCUGGACAGAUGUCACAAAGUCCACCUCAGUGGACGUUCUGCUGACAAACCUCAUCAAGGGAAAACUGCUUCCCUCUGCUCGCCUCUGGAUAACCACACGACCUGCAGCAGCCAAUCAGAUCCCUGCUGAGUGUGUUGACAUGGUGACGGAGGUGAGAGGGUUCACUGAUCCACAGAAGGAGGAGUACUUCAGGAAGAGAUUCAGAGAUUCAGAGCAGGCCAGAAUAAUCAUCUCACACAUCAAGACAUCACGAAGCCUCCACAUCAUGUGUCACAUCCCAGUCUUCUGUUGGAUCACCGCUACAGUUCUGGAUCACGCGUUGAUAACAGACAAGAGAGGAGAGAUGCCCAAGACCCUGACUGAGAUGUACAUCCACUUCCUGGUGGUUCAGUCCAUCCAGGCAAAUGUAAAGUAUCAUGGGAGAUCUGAGACAGAGCCAUACUGGAAUAAAGCAAGCAGGAAGAUGGUUAUGUCUCUGGGAAAACUGGCCUUCGAGCAGCUGGAGAAAGGUAACCUGAUCUUCUAUGAAGCAGAUCUGACAGAGUGUGGCAUUGAUAUCGUAGCAGCCUCAGUGUACUCAGGAGUGUUCACACAGAUCUUUAAAGAGGAGUGUGGGCUGUACCAGAACAAGGCCUUCUGCUUUGUCCAUCUGAGCAUUCAGGAGUUUCUGGCUGCUCUUUAUGUCUUUCUCUCAUUCAUCAACACUGGAAAGAACCUACUGUCAGGAACACAGCCAACCUCCUGGUCUCCUAAUCUGUUUAGUUGCAAGCCUACAGAAUCGGACCUCUACCAGAGAGCUGUGGACAAGGCAUUACAGAGUCCAAAUGGCCACCUGGACUUGUUCCUGCGCUUCCUCCUGGGCCUCUCACUGGAAACCAAUCAUAAUCUCUUACGACGAUUGCUGAAAAAGAUAGAACGUAGUACAUCACAGACCAAUCAGAGAAUGGUCGGGUACAUCAAGGAAAAGAUCAGAGAGGAUCUCUCUCCAGAGAGAAGCAUCAAUCUGUUCCACUGUCUGAAUGAACUGAAUGACCAUUCUCUAGAAGAGGAGAUCCAACAGUACCUGACAUCAGGAAAGCUAUCCACAGACCAACUCUCUCCUACUCUGUGGUCAGCCCUGGUCUUCAUCUUGCUGUCUUCAGAAAAGGAGCUGGAGGUGUUUGACUUGAAGAAAUACUCUGCUUCAGAGAAGGGUCUUCAGAGGCUGCUGCCAGUGGUCAACGCCUCCAAUACAGCUCUGUUGAGGUCCUGUAAUCUGUCAGAGAGAAGCUGUAAAGUUGUGUCCUCAGUUCUCAGCUCCAUCUCCUCUAGAGUGAGAGAGCUGGACCUGAGUAACAAUGAUCUGCAGGAUUCAGGAGUGAAGCUGCUCUCUGCUGGACUGGGGAGUCCACACUGUAGGCUGGAAACUCUCAGGCUGUCGGGCUGUCUGGUCACAGAGAAAGGUGUUUCUUCUCUGCUCUCAGCUCUGAGCUCCAACCCGUCCCAUCUGAGAGAGCUGGACCUCAGCUACAACCAUCCAGGAGACUCAGGAGGGAAGCUGCUCUCUGCUGGACUGGAGGAUCCACACUGGAGACUGGACACUCUCCGGCUGGACCAUGCUGGAGUGUGCAUGUUGAAACCAGGUCUGAGGAAGUAUACCGGGGGACUCACGCUGGACUCGAACACAGCACACAAAAGCCUCCUUCUGUCUGAGAACAACAGAAAGGUGGUGAUGGUGAGAGAGGCGCGGUCAUAUCCUGAUCAUCCAGACAGAUUUGACAUCUGGGACCAGGUUAUCUGCAGAGAGAGGGUGGCUGAUCGCUGUUACAUGGAGAUACAGUGGAAGGGAGAGGUUAAUAUAGGGGUGACUUACAGAGGAAUCAGAAGGAGAGGAGGAGGAGAUGACUGUGUUCUUGGAUGGAAUGAAAAGUCCUGGAGUCUGUUCUGCCGUAUUGAUAGAUUCACUGCCUGGCAUAAUAACAGGAGAACAGAGAUACGUAUCUCCCCCUCCUUCUCUGACAGGGUAGGAGUGUAUCUGGACUUGUCUGCUGGGACUCUGUCCUUCUACAGAGUCUCCUCUGACACACUGACGCACCUCCACACCUUCACCUCCACGUUCACUGAGCCUCUCUAUGUUGGGAUUAGGUUUGGGUUUGGGUUAUGCGGCUCCUCAGUGCGUCUGUGUUAGAAUGAGGAGGUAGAGACGCCUCCUCUGUCCUGGAGGAACACUCACACUCCUGCUCAAAGACAGCUGACACGGUAGAUCACUUUCUUCCAGAUCGCACUUGAAAUAAAAUAAGAAAAGUCCGUCUAAAGAGUUUACAUAACCCAGACCCUACUGACACAUUUUUUAGAUUUUGACAACGUUGAACGAGGAACAGUUGGACAGUAUGACCAGUUUCAACCUACUAAUCUACCGUUACACUUCCUUCAGUUUUCAUCAACACGUCUGUAUUAAUGGCGGCACGCUGGCGCAGCGGUUAGCGUGUUUGCCUCACAGCCAGAAGGUCCUGGGUUCGAGCCCCGGGGUAGUCCAACCUUGGGGGUGGUCCCGGGUCGUCCUCUGUGUGGAGUUUGUAUGUUCUCCCCGUGUCUGUGUGGGUUUCCUCCGGGGCUCCGGUUUCCUCCCACAGUCCAAAGACCUGUAGGUCAGGUGGAUCGGCCGUACUACAUUGUCCCUAGGUGUGAAUGUGUGUGGGCCCCGUGAUGGCCUGGCGGCCUGUCCAGGGUGGCUCCCCACCUGCUGCCCAAUGACUGCUGGGACAGGCCCCGGCAUCCCGGCGAACCGGAGACCAGGAUAAGCGGUUUGGAUAAUGGAUGGAUGAGCAAGGAGCUGUGACAGACUCAGUCUCAGAACUGAGAAAUGUAUUCUUGGUGACCACGGAAGGUACAAACAUUAGGACCUAGUUUGAAUUGAAUGAUUAUAAGUUGAGUUCAACCUUCUGCUCAAUCGGCCAAUUUCCAAUAUCUCAACAAUUACAACUAAACUGUGUAAUUUUUGAUGUUUUUAAAUAAAUGAA